AUGGUGCCUUGUCAGACCCAUGUGUUGCUCAAGUGGCAGGAGCACUUCAAUAGCUCCUGGGCAGCAGAAGACAGCGUACAGACAGCCAGGAGGCAUGGAGCUUCUGUGCUCUACAGUAAGCUUCUUCACAACAAGGAAGUGGUGACUCUGGCCCAGCCUGUUCAAGAACUCGUUGGCCCACGCCUGCCAGACUUCGAGUGUGAGUCGAGUGCCUCAGAGGAGAAGGAAGAGUACCUGUCAUCCCUGCUUCACAGCCAGCGAUGGCUGGCUCACCGCAUGCUGACGCAAACCUCCUACACCUUGGGCCUCCACCAGAGGCUGGUAGUUCUGCAGAGGAUUUACUACGCACUUCACAGCAAAUACCAUGACAAAUUCCGCGUGCAGCUGCCCUCCCAGUCCACAGACAGCGGGGCUGAAUGUGGGCAACUUGAGCUGGCCUCAGAGCCUUGCCUGCCAGUGGGAGCAUCCAAAGUCAAGUCGGGUACAGAUGUUCUGAUAGAGAUGGGUGUGAGGACAGGUUUGAGUCUGCUCUUCUCAUUACUGCAGCAGAACUGGAGAUAUGCCGCCUCUGUCCAUCCUGAGUCGGUGCUUUGCAAUGACGUGCUUGCCACGGCGUCCUCGGUGCUAGCUUCGCUACCGCCACUCUCUCUGGCCAAUGAGAACAAGAUCCCGUCGGUGGGGCUGGACUGCCUGGCACAGGUGGCUGAAUUCCUUAAGAAGACAUCAGUGAGCAGUGGGACCGGUGGGGCAGACCCCACUGGUCGAAGGCUAGCACUGGAGCUGCUGCUUGGCCUGGCCAUGCAGAGAGGGUCUCUGAAGUUUCUGCUGGAGUGGGUGGAGGUCGCUUUGGCUGCUUCCAUGUCCUCCUGCACCUCUACACUGUCUUCCUCCUCCACACUGAGCUCGCAGCAGUCAGCUGGUGUGGGCUUUGAAGUCAUCCAUCAAACCCUUUUCCAAAUGAGGCAAUAUUCGGGUUUCCGUGGAGACUCUGUCAAUACUCAGGUGCUGAAGAAGGAUGCAGAUGGACUUUGUCGGCUCUCCCAGGCAGCUCUCUGCCUCUUUGAGGAGAUUUGUAACCUAGCAUCCUACUGCCUGUGCUCCUGCAGCACUGAUGCAGCUUCUCCUGGUACAGAGAGUGACACAGUCAUGGUGUAUGUGUGGGGCAGCAACAGCAGCCAUCAGCUGGCAGAGGGAACUCUGGAGAAAAUCCUGCUGCCAAAACUGACACAGGGCUUCAGUGAUGCUCAAAUGAUUGAGGCGGGUCAGUACUGUACAUUCUCAGUAUCUGCAGAUGGGUCAGUGAAAGCAUGUGGAAAAGGCAGCUAUGGCCGCCUGGGCCUGGGGGACUCGAACAACCAAUCCAUGCCCAAAAAACUUGUGCUGGAGCCACAUAGGAACAUGAAGAAAGUGUCAUCCUCCAAGGGCUCUGACGGUCACACUUUGGCCAUCACUGUAGAGGGAGAGGUGUUCAGCUGGGGUGAUGGAGAGUAUGGGAAGCUGGGCCAUGGCAACAGUGCUACACAGAAAUACCCCAAAAUCAUACAAGGACCGCUAUUAGGCAAAGUUGUUGUUUGCGUGUCUGCUGGCUACAGACACAGUGCUGCUGUGACUAAUGAUGGAGAGCUAUAUACGUGGGGAGAAGGGGACUUUGGCAGACUGGGUCACAGUGACAGCCAGAGUCGGAACGUGCCCACACUGGUAAAGGACAUAAGUGGUGUGGGUCAGGUGGCCUGUGGCAGCUCCCACACCAUUGCUGUGGCACAGGACGGACACACUGUGUGGUCCUUUGGAGGAGGGGACAACGGUAAACUAGGUCAUGGAGACACCAAUCGUGUGUAUCGCCCCAAGGUCAUAGAGGCCCUGCAUGGAUUCAUCAUCAGGAAAGUGUGUGCUGGCAGCCAAUCAUCUCUGGCCCUUACCUCUGCUGGACAGGUGUUUGCAUGGGGCUGUGGCUCGUGCUUAGGGUGUGGCUCCUCUGAGACAACCUCUCUGAGGCCCAGGUUUGUAGAGGACCUGGGUAUCACCAAGAUCAUUGAUAUCUCUUGUGGAGACAGCCACUGUCUGGCUCUGUCCCAUGAAAAUGAAGUGUAUGCCUGGGGGAACAACACUAUGGGCCAGUGUGGGCAAGGCCACACUUCAACACCCAUUACCAAACCUAAGAAAGUGCUCGGUUUAGAGGGGGUUUCGAUCCAGCAAAUCACUGCUGGCACCUCUCACAGCCUGGCUUGGACUGCAGUUCCAACUGACCGGCAACUGGUAGCAUGGCACAGGCCCUUUUGUGUCGACUUGGAGGAGAGUACAUUCACCUACCUGCGCAACUUCCUAGAAAGUUACUGUGAUGGCAUCGGGAAUGACACACCCCCUGCUCCUUUCUUAACUAAAAGGGACCACCAUCAGUUUCUUUUGCUGUGCAUGAAGCUGCUAUCCAUCCACUUGUCUUUGGCCCAUGCUGGGGGCACUGGUGCCAUGGUUUUGGGGGCUCAGAGCAGACCCCUCAGAAAUCUACUCUUCAGGCUCAUAGACACCAACAUGCCGGACUCCAUACAACAGGCAGUUUUGAGCACGCUGUCCAUUGGUGCAUCUUUGCUGCUGCCUCCACUGAGGGAAAGAACAGAACUACUCCUCUCCCUCCUUCCUCAGGGCCCUCAGAGCUUGAAUGUCCUCUCCAAAGGCCAGCGUCUUCAGUUAGACAUGGUCCUCAGUAGCCUUCAGGACCAGAGCCAUGUAGCUUCUCUACUGGGUUACAGCAAUUUUGGGGAGGUGACAGCCCUGGGACCGCCUAUGACACCUGCUAUGUCAGCCCGGCCGCCCUCUUCAUCAAGCUCCGUUGAAGCCUAUGACCCACUGCAUUUAGCAGAGGUGCUCCUCAGAACCCUGCUCCUCAGCAUAGGCUUUUACACGGAGCGAGCAUUUGGGGAACUGGAGAAAAACAGUGACAAACAGCUUUCAAGUGAUAGCCAGGGACAGACUGAUCCUCCCUGUCACUUCCACCAGCUGCUGUCUGGACUUCACAAACACUUGCUCGCCCAUUGCUUCAUCCAUUCCAGCCCUGAGGAUGACAGCAGUGUAACGCUGCUUCGUGAACAUCUUUACCUGCUGCUCCCCUGUGCUGCUGAGACACUCAGGAGAUCCACCAAGCUGCUGAAGGAGAGUUCCCAGGAUAAACAAAUCAUCAAGAAGCUGAACAUGGUGUUGUACAACUCAGUGGCUGGCAGCCUGCUGUGCCAGGUAAUGUACUCCUUGCUACUGCUCCCCCUGGGAACAGUUCAACCUCUCCUGAGCCAUUUACUGGCCUUGUUGGAGCACCUCAAUGAUUUCAAUAGGUUGCUGCCAGAGACAGGCCUCCUGGAAGAACAAGAACUGGGGAUAGAGCAGCCACAGGAGGAGGAGUGCAAGUGGGUUUGGGUGUUGGACCUGGAACGGUCUGUAGCGUUGGCAGUCGGCCGCUGCCUUGGUGGUAUGCUGCAAGGUCCGCCGCCCUCGCUCCAGGAGAAAACAGCAGAGUUCUGGCUAUCAAAUGUCCUCCUCAGGAACGGCCUUGAGAUGGACUUUGAGGAGCUGGACUCCAGCAUGGCAUGGCUGACUGAGGUCGUGCUUCUGGGCAGCAGUGAUGCCAGGCUUGCAGAGCUCAAUCUGAAUGAGGAAACCAGGACUUUACUGGAACUGGCACUGGGAUCCUCCAGAGGACCUGCAAGUGGACUGUGGCAGAAGAUGGAGGAGUAUGCUCACAGCAAAGAAUGGGAGAGCGGAGGCUCUUCAGGCGACUGUUUGCUGCAGACGGUCUGUCGCUGCAGUCUGGCUGCUCUUCUGAAACACACAGGUCUGCAGAAUGAGGCCUAUUGGCAGGACAGAUAUGAUCCCUGUGAGAAGCUGUUAGAUGUCUAUGAAACCGUUUAUAAAAUCAGAAGCACUCUGUUGGCACAUAAAAACUCUACAAGGACGUCACAGGUGCAGGCUGCUGCCAAACAGACCGCUCAAUCUCCCCAAAGCCCUGAUACAGACAGACAACAGCCAGGGACCUCGGUGGAGCAAGCGGGAAAGGAUCACGAGCAACAGUCAGCAGGUCACUGUAGCCGGGAGGUGCAGGUGACCUCACCUCCCACAGCCAACCACAACCAGGAGGAGGUUGCAGAGGAUGAUGCAUUUGGCAAUAGUCGUAUGUGCAUGUCAGAGGUCCUAGAAUCAUUCAUGGCCACCCGGGAGGCCAUGCAGGUACAGCAGAACGUGACAGUGUACGAGUCAUUUGGCACUUCCACCCUCCCCAGCAGCAUGGAAAGCCCCGUCAGCCCAGACAGGGAGCCAGAUCUUAAGCAGCAGUGGGAGAAGCACAGGGAGUCUGAGGAAAGCUUGUCUUUCCCUGCUGCCUGCCAUCUGGUGGCGUCCCGCUGUCUCUUCCUCCUGCUGGGGGUCAGGCCUGCUUGGGUGGAACCCAGCGAAAGGGAGAAUAUUCAGGCUGUGAACAAUGGGGCAAGGAAAUCAACAGAAUCCUUUACGGCAGCUGCUGAUAGCCGAAAACAGUCUGACCAGUCCAAAAAUACCUUGGGAUCCACCAAAAAUAAAAUGGGCUUACCUCUGUGCUCCUUGGGCAUCAUGAAAGACGCUUGGGAUCGCCUGCGGCAGUGUAUCAGCCCGACCGCGACCAUGUCCCAAUAUGGCAACAACACUUUGCCAAUUCUCAACCAGGUGUUCCACUUUGUAUGUGGAAGCCUGAUCCACUUAUCAUCCUCCUCGCCAUCACUGCCGGGUGGACAGACGUGUAGUCAGGCGGAUCCGAAGGCCAUUACCUUUGCUAUACUGCAGCAGCAACAGAGGGCUGAGAUGCGUCUAGAGGCCUUGUGUCAGAUGUCAUCCUUCCUGUCCAAGAUGGAGGAGAAGAGCAGCGGGUUCACGGUCGCGUCUCAGUUUCCUGCGUUAUUGCAGUCCGUGCAGCUUCAGUUCCUCUCUGGAUGCUUUGCUUUGGGAACCCAAAUCAUUGGCUCUCACUCUGGAGCUAAUUAUGAGAUGCAGCAUUACAUGUCUGGUACACAUUCAGCUUGUAUGGAUACGCAGAGAGAGCUACAGUCUGCAGCCCACAACUUCUACCAGCAGGUGGUGCGUGUCCUCAGACAGAGGGUUCUGUUUGAAAGAGAACAUACAGGUUCCUGCCAGCACCUUCUCCUCGCCACAAUGUUUGCACUGAAUUUCUGCUACCAACCAGUGGACCUGGUGCUGGUCAUCAAAUGUGGCAUCCUGGAAAUCCUUUCCAUGUUGACCAACAACAGCUGUGCUCUGAUGAACCAGAGUUGGUUUGCAGCCACUACAUCUGGAUCCAUGCUACUGAGUGGGGCUGUCAGACUAGCUUGUACGCGCCUGCUUCAGAUAUUGACUGUCGCUGCAAGCUCCUGUGAAGAUUCACUGCCUAUUGAUGUCUCCCAUGCCCUAAUGGACGUGAUGUGUGAGCAGCUCCAAAAUGUCCUGCACACUUUCCACCAGCAGCAGACAGCAGAGAGAGGAGCAGCUGAGAGAACAGAUCUGGACUCCAACAGCAAGAGCGCAAAUCUAGUUGGAGUGGAAAGCAGCAAAGUGGUUGAAUCUCAACUUGCAGAUUUCUUGGUGUUUCUGAGGCGUGUGCUGUCAUUAAAAGUAAUGAAAAGACUUUCUACUUUUGUCAAAUGGAUUGAUCCACUAAUGGCCAUUAUUUCACACAAGUGCCCUUCAGGAUCUCCUCGCUUCCAGAACCUUCGCACAAAGCUCUUGGCCUUUCACGUUUUAGAACGACUGUUACCUGCUUGUUCUGAGCCUGUUCAAAUUCAACAGAUUGUUAAACAGCUCUUUCAGCUCUUGUCUGUUUGUAUGUGGGAGGAACCACUAGCUGAGAGGAAUCAUGAGGAACCAGCUGAGAAAGACACGGGGGUAAUAAAGUUGCAGAAUCCUGGCAACUACGAUGAAUGUAUUCCCAUUGGAGAUUUUUCCUUUGACCCGCACAAGAUAAUCUGCUGUUCUUUAGAGAGCGGGAACAUCCUCUCCCAUGGUUCAGGAGGGAAAGGUUACGGCCUGGCAACCACUUCCAUCACCUCUGGCUGUUUCAUAUGGAAGUUCUACAUUACCAAAGAGAACCGGGGCAAUGAGGGCACGUGUAUUGGUGUUUCACGCUGGCCAGUCAGAGAUCACAACCACCACACCACCACUGACAUGUGGCUGUAUCGUGCUUAUAGUGGCAACCUGUACCAUGGAGGAGAGCUAGUCCGCACACUUCCAUCUUUUACCCAGGGGGACACCAUCACCUGUAUCCUGGACAUGGAGGCUCACACCAUAUCAUUUGCUAAGAAUGACAAGGAGCCAAAGUUGGCAUUUGAAGGUGUGGUUGCCUCUGAACUGUACCCCUGUGUGUUGUUCUACAGCAGUAAUCCUGGAGAGAAGGUGGCACUGCGUGACCUCCAGAUGAGAGGUAUGCCCAGUAAUCUACUUCCUGGUGAGCCUCUCUGCAGCCCUCGAACGACGGUGCUGCUGGAGUCGACGGUGCAGCUCCUCCGCAGGCUCCAUCAGUGUGACCAGUGGGCCUUGCACAUCAACCAGCACAUCCAUACCCAGCUUGAGCUCAUUGGUCCCUUGCUGAAAGAGGAUGACUUAGGAAGCUUCAAUCAAGGCUUCAGUCCCACACACUCUGAGAAAGAAGAGGAUGAAAGAGACAAAGACCAGGCUGGUGACGACACAGGGGAAUUGCCAGCACAUCGCCGGUCCCUGUCAGAGGCCAAGCUGGCUGCUCUUUGCAACCAAGUGUGGCCGGUACUGGCCCUGAUCGGAGGAGUGGACAGUGGUCUGCGGGCUGGAGGUCUGUGCCGACACAAACCCAGCGGACGCAGGGCUAUUCUGCUUGGCGUCCUGAAAGAAGGGAGCUCCCUGGCCAAGCUUCAGUGGGAGGAGCCAGACCUCUCUGUCAGCUCCAUGAAUUCUUGGUCACCCAGCGACACGCCGAUCAUCUCAUUGGAGCCCUGUGACAUAUCCUGCUGCGAUGUCACCCGACUCGGAGGCCUCAAACCUACGGUGUUGUUAGAUCUGAUUUAUUUGAUGGGGCUGCUGGAGGAGCAGGGGUGGCUGGGGGCUUAUCCAGGCCCCAAAAGGAAAUAUUCAGAGGAGAACACGAAAGAGGGCGAGACGCAGAGCUGUUUGGAUGAAGACGCAUCUGAUGAAGUCAGAUGGCUGACAGAAGAUGAGAGGAAAAAAUUUAAAGAUCAGAAGGUUGAGACAGACCCCUUCAUAUCAUCGUCCUCAACCAAAGAUGCCACAAAGAUUACGGACCAUCAGGAGCUGACCUGUCUAUCCCUACCUCACCAAACAUCCCAAACCUCUAAAGCAGAUGCCUUUGCACUUGAACUGAGAGCAGUAAGAGUCUCAUAUCUUCUCAUUGGAGCUUUGAAAUCCCUCACUGUCAUUUUUAGCUGUGAGAAGCUAUCAGAUUUGCUUCUAGUAUCUAAACAUGACCCUUCCAGCUCUUCAGUCAGUCCCCUCUCCAGCCUAAACCCUGACCAGGCUAAGACCAUCAGCAAACAAUGGGAUGAGAGUGCUGAGCUGAGAUCAGUGUUGCAGUAUGUGGUGCAGAGCAUGGUGAAGUGGGCGGUCAGGCCCUGUCCCAUCAAACAGAGCGUGUCUCUUACUGACCUGGAAAGGGCUCAGGUCAUGAUCUACAAAGGAGCCCUUAACAGACUGCAGGAGGACAAAGAACGCAAAGAAUCAGGCCACCACUUGUCGUCUCAGCCCAUUUCUAAGUCCUCCAGCUCUGUGUCCCUGUACAGUGCAGGGUCAGAAGGAACUGCCAUCUUCGGCCAGUCAAACAGAGCCUCUGCCUCAUCCUCCAAUACUGACUUGGCAUCAUCUCUGCCAACAAACCUGCAGGCAGAUGGCCUUGAUCAUUUCAACCCUUUCCUUCCGAUCAGCCUCCUCCAGCACAUGGUGCUAACUCGGUUCCCUACGCUUACCGGCCUGGUUAGUGCUCCCUCCGUUCUGCACCCUUGCUUCAGCCUGGCCAGCUCUGCUUCUUGUGAUGCCUUCACAGAGCAGCAGACUAGCUUCAUGGAACCAGGUCCCUGCAGCACGCAGGCCAGAAGCAGCCUGGAACGGACACAAAUGUUUGUCACCAGUCGGUUGCUAGAAAUGGGAUUCUCUAUGAGACAUAUCUACUGGGCCAUGGAGGCAGCAGAUGUAGCAGGUGACUUGGACUCUCAGACCAUUGAGGUGUUGGCCAGCUGGAUGCUAGAGCACCCCCUGACUGAGGAACAGCAGGCAGCCGAGUCGGCUAGACCCGAGGGUGCUCCUGAGACCCCGUCUCCAGAUGGACCGGAGACAGUGCAAUGUCCUGAGCGCUCCACCAGUCAACCCAGUGAAAGCUUGUUGCCAGGGCUGGACUGGAUAGAGAGGGAGAACUUCUUGGAUGUCCACCUGACCAGGAACAGACCACCUCCGGCUCGGCGGCGACGCUCAGGCCCAACUCAGAGGACCUCCUUCCGAAGGGCAGACUUGCCAUCACCCAACCCCCUCCCACAGCUGUACCAGCAGCACACAGCAGUCGGUGAAUGGCCAGAGCAGGUGGAGUUUCAUCCUUUCUCUGCUGAGGAGGAGUCAGAGUUGGGCUACAUGGAUGACCCAUACCAUGAGGAAAGUUAUGAGGACCUGCUCACCCCCUCGUUCUUCAGUUUGGAGAGAGACACACUCCAGAUAGUGGAGUUUAACAAUCACAUAAAGCGGCGUCACCCAGGUUGCGGGCAGAGUGCAGCACGAAAGGGCUACGACAGCACCGGGGCUUACGUGGAUGUCUGGUUCAAAGGGGAGUGUGGCUCCAACUUUCCCUUCUACCUCCUCUGCAGCUCCUGCAGGGAAAAGUAUCUGGCUGCAAACCUGAGCGACACAAGUUCUAAAUAUGAAAGGAUUAAAGGUCUGACAUCUGAUUUGAUUGGCCAGUUGGACAGCACAUCCGAUGAUGAUUGGGAAAUGAGCCACCAAGACGAGUGUGACACAGACAAGCUGACGGGCCUGGAGGACUUUGGGCUCUUGCUGAGACCGCUGGGGCUGACGGAAAAGAAGCUGGUACCAGACCCCAUAGCCUUUACUGAGCCAGAUCCACUCGGAGCCCGGGUUUACAGCUCUGCUGACCCAACAAGCGCAGCAGCUCCCAAAGGGAAUGCCCUUGUUGAGCAGAAGACCUCUUUGAGCCUUGGACAGCAGGCAAUAUCACUGAGGGACUCUCAUGACAGACUGAAAGCUUUAAGAAGAGUCACCUCCACCGCACAGAUUCUGCUAGCCUACAGCAUGGUGAUGAGAGCACUGUCUCAAACUGCCUCUAGUGCAUCAGUGUGCAGCCAGUCCAAUGGAUUAGAGUCCUUGGGUCUGGCAGAUAUCCGCAUCUUGGUGCGUUUGAUGACUCUAGCAGCAGGGGGCAGGGCUCACAACUGUGUGGACAGACAGUCAGGUGCAAAGGGGCAGGCAACCGAACGCAACAACUCCACCUGCCUCAGCUUCCUUACCUCAGCCAUCGGCAGCGUGGUUUCCCAUAGCUCUACUGCUUACAGACAGCUAGUGGAGAUAUGCACUCAGGACCUAAUGGCAGCAGCUACAGGGGAGAACAUCGGGGCCAUCAGUGACCCACAGCAGAGAGGUUGCCUGAGCUCCAGUCUAACAGCUGCAGCCCAGGGAGCCCAGCAGCAGAGGGACUGCAAUGACCAGACGCCCCCAACAUUCCUGGUCACGCAAAGUCUGGUCACCCUGCUGACGGAAAAGGGUGUUCACUGUUACAGCCCAGACAGGGCCGAACACGAGACUAAUGAUGCAGGAAACCACGGGGUGUCUUCUUCGUCCUUGCCUCCCUCCCCUCUACCCCACUUGAAUGCCAGAGUGGGCCCUCUGGAGCUGGCUAAUGCGUUGGCAGCAUGUGUCCUGUCUGCCAGGCUGACCAGUAAACACCGCCAGUGGGCAGCACAGCAGCUGGUGCAGGCCUUGGCCGCAACAGGAAGAGACAGUCCUAAUCGUCCCCAGACAUACAGCGACCUGGCUGGUGACUUACGCAAAUGUCCUCUCAAGAGGCUGGAAGGACAUUACAACAAGGUGGCUAGCUGUUCCUGGAGCAGUGAGCAGAGCUUGCUGGCUACAUGUUCUCAGGACAAAGUGGUGCAACUAUGGAGCAUCAACCAGAACUCAGUGGAAUUACAGACCACUUUUUCCUGCAUUACGAGUAAGGCGGACAGAUCAAACAGUGAGAGGGCAGGUAGAUGUCAUCACAUGUCUCCUGUAUACUGGAGUCCAGGGGGAAACUUCUUGGCUGCCCCUGAGAACAAACACAUCAACAUCAUGAACAUCAGGGGAUCUCACUGUCAUGUGGAGGCUCAGGUGUCUCGGGUCACAGCCCUCUGCUGGGCUCACACCUUCAGCUUGUGGGUCCUUGACCAGCCGCCAGCCUGUAAGAAUAGAGCUGCUGAGAGCCUGUUGGUGGGUCGGCUGGAUGGCUCCCUCUGCUGGCUGCAGGUCACAAUGCAGGAAAUGGAGUUAAAUGUGAAGAGCACUGAACUCACCCACUGCCACAGGAAAGAGGCCCCCCAGUGUGUCGCCUGGCACAGUGAGGACAAGCCUUUUGCAGUGGGCUAUCCCACUGGAAAGAUCCUUUUGGCCACAACUGAGACCUAUGAGAAUGAGCAGCCUGUAGUGCUGUCUGUCUUCCAGGACAGUGUGAGUUCUCUAAAAUGGGAUCCCACAGGACACCUGCUGCUCUGCUUGAGCAGGUCAGAGGUAACAAAGAUACUGGGACGCUCUGGUGGCACCUGGGUGACCCUGCACUCCCUCAUUCACACCAGCACGGUUAACAUUGCUGAAUGGUGCCCCCUUGCUGGCAGAGCACCUGAUCCCAAGCUCAUGAUGGCUGCCGGUUGCCAGAAUGGCUCUGUGUAUGUCUGGACACUGCCACAGGGGGGUACUGUUGUGUCUUUGCCCAAGAUACUGAACAACUCCCCAAGCCAAGAUAAAAACAAUGAUGUCAAGCAGGACAGUGCAAAGUGUGUGUUUGUACUUCACGGCCACAUUACGGCAGUGAAAUCCCUUUCAUUUUGCUCCAGUGGACUGACUCUGGUUUCUGGAGGGAUAGGGGGACUGCUUAACAUCUGGUCCUUGCAGGAUGGUUCAGUCUUACAGACUGUUACAGGUUUGGGUUCAGUCGUCAGUACUACCUGGAUACCAAACUUGGGUGUAGCUGCUUGCUUUGGGAGGUCGAAGGACGUUUUGUUGAUCUGCUGCACCCCCGACUGGAUCACUCAAAAUCAUGUGCUCUCUUCCUGUCGUAUGGUUCUCAGAAGCCAGAACAUCCUUGGUUUAAAUCGGGCGCCUUGUUUGGCCGUCUUCCUGGAGAGGCUGCCCUUGCUGUUGCAGGAGCAGUACAACCAUGAGCGGACCCACGUUGCAGCAGGUGACCAGCUGGUCCACAGUGCCUUCCUACAGAGCCUGGCCUCCUUGACUGUUGGUUUGUCCUUAGAGAAACACCUGUGCCGCUUCCCACGCCCUCCACACCACGCGAGUCCUGAUGCCCACACCUGCCCGUCAGAUUGGAGCUGGCUCGCCACAUACGCCACUACCGUCCGCAGCGCUGAGGCUAUUGCCAGCGGUACUGCCUUCCCAGAAUCCUUCAUCGUUUCAGAGUUUCAGGAGGUGGAAGACACUGAAAUUAUAAAGGCACUGGACAAUAGCAAGUGGAGCUUCAGGAUGGAUGAACAGCUGAUGUCUUGGGCAACCAGCAGACCAGAGGACUGGCAACAAGGGGGGAAGAGUGAGGUAUAUCUGUGGGGGAAUGGACGUUACGGACAGUUGGCAGGGAUGGGAACUAACCUCAUGAUGCCUACUCUUGCACCCUCUCUAUCACAGACACAACAGGUUGUGUGUGGUCAGAACUGUACCUUCCUGCUCCAGUCCAAUGGGACUGUAUUGGCUGUAGGUGAAGGACAAUAUGGCAGACUGGGCCAGGGGAAUUCUGAUGAUCUCUAUGUACCCACCAUUAUCUUUGCUUUUCAAGGGUAUGUGGUGACUCAGCUGGUGACGUCUUGUGGAUCCGAUGGACACUCAAUGGCCCUGACUGAGACUGGGGAGGUGUUCAGUUGGGGAGACGGAGAUUUCGGAAAACUGGGGCACGGCAACAGCGAAAGGCAGAGGAGACCCAAACAGAUAGAGGCCUUGCAAGGAGAAGAGGUCGUUCAGCUUGCUUGUGGUUUCCGGCACUCUGCCGUGGUAACAGCAGAUGGGAAACUGUUCACCUUCGGCAGUGGUGAAUCUGGCCGUCUGGGUCAAAGGUCAACAUCCAACAAGAUGCUGCCUGAACGGGUGGCAGCAUUAGAGGGAUAUCAUGUGGGGCAGGUGUCAUGUGGUCUCAACCACACUCUGGUACUGUCCCUUGAUGGGAUGGUUGUAUGGGCAUUUGGAGAUGGGGAUUAUGGCAAAUUAGGAACUGGUUCCUCUACAGCCAAGUACUACCCCCAGAAAGUGGAACAGCUGUGCAACAAGGGAAUUAAGAAAGUCAGUUGUGGAACUCAGUUCUCUGUGGCGUUGGCCUGUGAUGGACAUGUUUACACAUUUGGACAAGAGCGUCUGAUCGGCCUGCCGGACUCCAUGCUCAAGAAUAAAUCCUGCCCCCAGGUGGUGCCGUCCCUGGAGGGGCUGUUCAUUGAGGACAUCGCUGUGGGCUGUGAACAUGUCCUCACCCUGUCCUCCACUGGAGACGUCUAUGCCUGGGGCUGCAACAGUGAGGGACAGCUUGGUCUUGGACACUCGAAUCCAGUGAAGGAGCCCACACUCGUAACAGCCCUUCAGGGGAAAAACAUUAGACAGAUCUCUGCUGGCCGCUGCCACAGUUCAGCAUGGACCACCCCCUCUACCUCGAUGAAAAACUCAGGUGGCUCUGGAAAUAUCCAGCUUGGCCUUCCCCAGUCAGUUCCUCCCCAAUACAACACCUUAAAAGACUGCAGCCCUGAUGUCCUUAGCAUGCGGCUUAGGGUCCUCUACCACUUUUCUGAUCUCAUGUACAAGUCUUGGAGGCUGCUCAACCUGGACACCAAGAAUCGGGUGUCCACCUCACGCUAUAGUUCAGGGACAACAGCUAUCAUCCGGGGCGAGCUCAGAGGCCUUCUAUCACCCAAGGUCAACACCCUGCCUCUAGUGCGCUCCAUUGGCAGAACAAUGACCCAGGGCAAAACAUAUGGGCCACAGAUCACUGUGAAACGGAUUUCCACAAGAGGGCGUUCGAGCAAGCCCAUCUUCGUGCAGAUAGCAAAGCAGGUGGUGAGCUUGAAUCCUCUGGAGCUUCGGCUGCCAUCGCGAGCCUGGAAGGUCAAGCUUGUUGGAGAGGGAGCCGACGACGCCGGAGGAGUGUUUGAUGACACCAUCACUGAGAUGUGCCAGGAGCUGCAGUCUGGUGUGGUGGAUCUUCUGAUUCAUACUCCCAACAGCUUUGCAGAUGUGGGCAGUAACACUGACAGGUUCCUGUUGAACCCAGCAGCGCUCUCAGAGGAUCACAUGGUCCAGUUUCGCUUCCUGGGCAUCCUUAUGGCUGUGGCGAUUCGCACCAAGAAGCCUCUGGACUUGCAUCUGGCUCCUUGGGUGUGGAAACAGCUCUGCUCGAUGCCACUGGGAGGGCCUGACCUUGAGGAAGUAGACCUGCUCACCUACCGCACCCUCCAAGGCAUCCUUCAUCUAGAAAACAGUGGAAUCACAGACGAUAAUUUUCAUGUGAUGAUCCCACUGGACUCCUUCGUGGCACACAGUGCUGAUGGAAGGCUGGUACCUGUGGUUCCUGGAGGUCAAAACAUAUCCCUAACCUUUGCCAACAGGACUGAAUAUGUAGAGAGAGCUCUGGAGUACAGACUGCAUGAGAUGGAUUCACAGGUGGCAGCCAUCAGAGAGGGCAUGUCCACCAUCAUCCCUGUGCCCCUCCUCUCCCUGCUGACAGCACAGCAGCUGGAGCAGCUGGUCUGUGGCCUGCCAGAGGUCUCUGUUGAGAUGCUGAAGAAGCUAGUGCGUUACCGUGACAUCACUGAGAGCCACCAGCUCAUUGGCUGGUUUUGGCAGAGCUUGGAGGAGUUCACCAAUGAGGAGAGGGUGCUGUUCCUACGUUUCGUCUCUGGCAGGUCCAGGUUGCCUUCCAACCCGGCUGAUAUCACACAGAAGUUCCAAAUCAUCAAGGUUGACAGGCCCGUCAAUGGCCUCCCUACUGCUCAGACCUGCUUCUUCCUGCUUCGUCUGCCCCCGUACACAAGCCAGGCUAUUCUCGCUGAGCGUCUGCGUUACUCCAUCCACAACUGCCCCUCCAUCGACAUGGACAACUACAUGCUGACCCACAACACCGACCCAGCAGACAGCUCUGACACCGAGGACUGAGGCAGAAAGCUGCGGUGAACAGGGUGAUGAAUGUAUCUUCUCCGAUGCCAUGCACAUUAUGCACUGAACACAGAUUUUUAUUCGCCAAACCUGUAUGGGUAGUGUACUGUUUAUAUGUUUGUUGACUCAAAGACGUGUAGUUUUGAUUUUCCAACUGUGCAAGGUGUUGUAAUUAUUGCAGUGCGUACUCUGAAUCAAAACUACAGGGAUACAGAAUAAGAUUUUAAAAAUAUAGGUGAUUAAGCCACAAUAAAAGAGUUAAUGUGCCUGUUUGUUUGAAAAUAUGUAAUAAUUUAAUGACCUGUCACACAUA